AUGGAUCACGACUAUAUGCAAGAGCUUCUUGGACGCCAAUUCGUGUCAAAACAAUCGAUAAAGAUCGCUGCUAAUGCAUUGGCUAUCAGAAUGAAUGUAAAAUAUCUACAAUACACAGCAACAAGAGAGCUGCAACAUUCCAUUGCGCACAUGGCGGGUAAUAUUACAAAAACUCUCACUCCGUUACGAAGGAGAGACGCGCCAACGGCAAAGGUCGACUAUCAAGAGUGGAUGUACCUGGAUUAUGAGAGCUGCUGUAAACGAUGGCGGCAAAUGGCUCGUGAAAUUCGUAAGCUCAACAAACAUAAUCACCCACUUGACAAAAAUGACGAUUACUACGCCGUGAACCGCAAGCCAGACGAAGAAAUGUCGAUGCAAAUACUUUCGAUGACAGAUAGUGGCAGUAAGCCAUUGCAAAUAUGGAAGCAAUUGAAGAAUACCGACGACGGCAUCAUUAUGAAUUUGCGUGAUCUUUACAACUUUCGACAGCAGGUUUUCGACGAAGAUCGUCAUGGCAAAUUUAGUCGCAUAUUCGAGAACUUAGUCGCACGAGAUUACAUCAUUCGUUGUCGAGUCGACAGCAGCUCUAAAUCUCUUGACGCCAUUUUGCUACUCAUCCUGUUGCCCUCGAGAAAGCUCGAAGAUUCACUGAAAUAA